UCCCUAGCCGCGCCGCCACCCACUCAGCAUCUUCAUCGGGAUCCCUCCAGAUCCACCCUCUCUCCCUCGAAUUCCCGAUCGGGCCAACCACCUCCUUCCCUCGAUCCACCCAACCCCGCAACCGAGGCCCCGAGAUCCUCCCGCUCGAUUCCUCCUCGAGCACCUCGUGCCCGACUGCCGCUGCUCCUCGGGCGCCACCACCGGCAACCGUACCUCGCCGGAACUCGUCUGAGAGACAGUCAGGAGCCUCGCCAUGGCCACCGGAUGGAGCUCCGCCGUCUUCUGCCAGAGUCAAGCCGCCAGGGCCUUUCCUCCUCCUCCCGUGCGCCUCGUCGGACCAGCCGCUCCGCCCCGACGCCAUGACCGUCCCCUUCUUCCAAGUCAGCCGCCGCCAAGUUGUCGUGGCUGCGCCGUCGCCCUUUGCCUUCACUGUCGCGGCCCGCGCCAUCCCCGGCGAGCAAGCCGCCAGCAGCACUGCAGCCGUCCUCGUCCACGCGCACGAGUCAUCGAGUGUGGACGCCCGCCCUGCAAGAGCUUCGUCCGCUCCUCGGCCUCGCCAUCGUCGCCCUCUGCUUCGCGCUGCAUCCCGCGCCUCGAUCUUCCCCAAGACCAGCCAGAUCCAUCUUCCCGCGCCCGGAUCCGCCCGUUCCGGCCGGUUCCCCCCCGAGCCCCGCCGCAGCGACCUCCUGCUUCCUGUCGCCAUGGACAUGAUGUUGUUUCUGUUCGUCAGAAACGAGCAGAGCAGUUCGCCCGACCCCUCGCUCGCCCGUUGACCGAUCCGGCUGGGUCACAGCCACCCCAGGCCCAGCCAACCUCCUCCAUCGACCGGGCCAAGAGCCCAUGCUUCGGUUUUGCUCCGGAGUUGUGAGGAUUCGUUCGACUACGCCCGUUUGUCUUCUUC